GAAUCUGUCCAGUUUGCAUCUCGAUAAACAAACAGAACCGCACAUACAAUCCCAUAUUCCCAAUUUCCAACAUCAUUCCUUCCUACUUGUGAGAAAAAUAGAAAACUAUGGAGCCUCUCCCUCUCCCCUUCCUCCUCUGCUCCCUCCUCCUCAUUCUCCUCCGCACCCCCACAUCAAAAUCCCAGCCCAUCUACGUCAACUGCCCCAGCAACGCGAACUACACGGCGAACAGCACCUUCCAGUCGAACCUCAACCUCCUCCUGUCUUCCCUUCCCUCCGCCGCUGCCCCGUCCGGCUUCUACAACACCACGGUCGGUCCAAGCGGCGCUGACCAACUCUACGGCCUCGCGUUAUGCCGCGGCGACGUCUCCUCUGCCGAAUGCAACAACUGCUUGACUACCGCCGCGCAAGAUGCCGUCGUAAAGUGCCCGCACGGCACGUCGAACACCAUGUGGUACGACUACUGCAUGCUGCGCUACUCCAACCAGAGCUUCUUCGGCGUUGCUGACAGCUCGUUCCAGAUAUACAUGUCGAACGUGCAGAACGUCACGGACCCGCAGCUGUUCGAUGAGCAGCUCGGGCAGCUGAUGUAUAACUUGGCCACGAAAGCAGCCUACGGGUCGGGGCGGCCACCGUUAUUCGCGGUGGGGGAGGUCAACUUUACGAGCUUUAAUAACAUAUACGGGCUGGCGCAGUGCACGAGGGAUCUGUCGCCGGCCGACUGCUAUGGGUGCUUGACGAGUUACAUCAGGAGCAUCCCCCAGUGCUGCAGCACGAAGAUCGGCGGGAGGAUUUUCGGAGAAAAUUGUAUCGUCCGGUUUGAGUCGGCUCCGUUUUAUAAUUUGUCGGCCAUCCAGAAUGAGACGGCACCACCUCCUCCGCAAUCAAAUGAGACGCCUUCACCGCCGGCAGGGUCGGGUCAGAAUACGGGUAAUGGCAGCAGUCGAACGGGCGGUAAGGGUAGCGGAGGAAUUAAUGGAACUACAAAGACAAUUAUUAUUGUCGUCAGUUCUGUGGUUGCUACUGCAUUGUUGCUCCUCUCCGCUAUCUCUCUUUUCGUGAGAAGAAGAAAGAAACAAAGAAAACCAGUUAGAAAUGCUCUGAUCACAAAUGGAGGAGAUGAGCAGGAAAUUAGAAGCGCGGAAUCUCUAUUGUUCGAUUUGGCAACAAUACGAGCUGCCACAAGCAACUUCUCAGAGGCAAAUAAGUUAGGAGAAGGUGGAUUUGGACCAGUGUAUAAGGGGAUGCUACAAGAUGGGCAGGAAAUAGCAGUGAAGAGGCUCUCAAUUAGCUCGGUACAGGGGCUCGUUGAGCUGAAAAAUGAGGUGGUGCUUGUGGCAAAGCUUCAGCAUAGGAAUCUGGUAAGGCUAUUUGGUUGUUGCUUAGAAGAGCAAGAAAAGCUUCUUGUCUAUGAGUACCUCCCCAACACUAGCCUGGACAAGUUUCUCUUUGCAAAUCCUGUGAGGCGUGAACAAUUAGACUGGGUUAUACGAUACAAGAUCAUCGAAGGGAUCAGCCGAGGACUUCUCUAUCUCCAUGAAGAUUCGAGGCUAAAGAUAGUUCACCGCGAUCUGAAAGCGAGUAACAUCUUGUUGGAUGCUUUUAUGACCCCUAAAAUCUCCGACUUUGGUCUCGCAAAGCUCUUCGACGUCGACGUGAGCGAAGGAAACACGAGUCGGAUUGCGGGAACAUACGGAUAUAUGGCACCGGAGUAUAUAACUCACGGGCAUUUCUCAACAAAAUCAGAUGUUUUUAGUUAUGGUGUGUUGGUUUUGGAGAUUGUGACUGGACGAAGAAAUGCUCGCCCUCAAGAAAGUGUUCAUUCAGAAGACGUUCUAUCCUAUGUGUGGAGGCACUGGAGCCAAGGGACUGCACACCAGGUGCUCGACCCGAGCAUUUCAGGGCGGUGCGGGUUGCAGGACGUGCUGAGAUGCAUCCACAUUGGGCUGCUGUGCGUCCAGGAGGACCCGUCGAACCGGCCGAGCAUGGCGUCCGUCGUGCUCAUGCUCAGCAGCCUCUCCUUCACCCUCCCCGCCCCCUCGGCCCCUGCUUUCGUCAUUCUGCAUGACUCAACUGCAGACGACACUGAGGAGAUCGAGACUGAUGCGUCCGGCGGGCUGCAGCAGAAGACGACGUGGGCUGCGUCGGCACCCACGCCGUCGAACGACGUCUCCAUUUCAGAACUCGAGCCACGGUAGCGCCUUGGAGCGUAGAAAUAUUGAACAGAAAUAAACAAAACGGAUGACGUACUACCUUCCUUUCAAUUAUGUCAAUUUUUA